AUGUCCGUAAACGCUGUCGAGAUUCCGGCACCACAACCGUCGAUUGAUGUUCGCGAAGAGAAGUUGAUCAAUGAAAGCCUGCAACAGCAAGAAGAAUGGCCAAGACUCAACAGAUUUCUACGCGUCGCCGACGAGUACUGGCUUCUUGAAUGGUUGGGCGUCUUCCUUGCGUUUGGUUCCAUUGCCGGCAUCGCGGCGUUGCUAGGAUGGCGCAACGGCCGACCGAGUCCCAACUGGCACUGGACAAUUGGGAGAGGUCACCACACCAAGGAGGUUUCUAUCACGAUCAACACAAUUAUAUCUCUUUUCUCUACGGCCUUCAAGUCGGGCUUGCUUAUUCCCGUCAGUGCCUCGCUUGGACAGCUCAAAUGGAUCUGGUUCCAAGGCGGCCGCCCCUUGUCUCACUUCGCUGCCUUUGACUCGGCUGCUCGUGGGCCCCUUGGCUCGGUUGUACUUCUAUGGACUCUGCGAGGGAGACGCCUUGCAUGCUUGGGAGCUCUCAUUAUUAUUGCAUCUCUGGCUGUUGACUUUGCAUUGCAAGCCUUGGUCAUCUACCCACUCCGACCUGUCGAUAUCGGCAUUAGGGCGACAGUACCACGGGCUAAUAAUUACGGUCCUCUUCUGCAACCGGGCGAUGGACUCGAGCCCUCGAUGUACGGAGCGAUCUUCGCCGGCGUGUACAACUGGAAAGCCAACUAUCAAGUGCAGCCCUCCUGCGCCACAGGCAAUUGCACCUUCCCAGAUACCUAUACAAGUCUCGCCGUCUGCAGCAGUUGCUACGAUGUCACCAACGAGCUCCGGAAAUCGUGCGCCACGGGGAACUUUACUCACACUGUGUGUUUUGAAGAAGACGAACAGUGCGACGACGUACCCACCUUGGUCGAGCACACCUAUUGCAACUAUACUCUUCCUAACGGACUCGAGAUGAGUGGUCUCCCAUCGGGCAACUGGUCUUAUGCUGAGAUAAGCGGAAAUCUCGACAAGUCUGUGAAGUUUGAUCUCCAAGGCAUUUUAUCGGUCUUCUCGACAAUACAUGCAACACGCGAGAGUCGCUCUUCGGACGCAGUGAUCUCUCCUGGUAGUGUUCAGGCCACGGAAUGUGGCCUUUACUACUGUGUUCAGAAACACACCGUCAAGAUUGUCAACGGCUCGAUAACAGAGAAGCUCGUUGAUACGUACCUCGCCAAUCCCACUGACUACGACGAAAAUCCCGGAGAAACAGUCGUCUUCCGUCCUCCGCAAUCUUGGACCAAUGUUAGCGACGGUGCGUCGUUUGAUCCAUACGAAAACACGCCCAACGCCAAUAUCUAUAUGGGUGGCGGUUUGACUGACAUUCGCGAAACCUUCCGUGAUAUUUGGAAUGGAUCGAGACGAGUUAUCAACGGUAACCUGGUUCCAUCUACCACUGCCCUGGCAGAUAUGACGUGGACCUUCGAACUGGACGACUUCAGUAACUGGACACAUGGGAUUGCAUCGUCCAUGAACCUCAACAUCCGCACCAAUGAAGCAGUCUGGUACACAAAUCCCUUCCCCACGGCGAAUGGUACCACCUACCAGGAUCAGCCAUUUGUGUCAAUUCGUUGGCCAUGGAUCGCGUUGCCUGCAGUGCUUGCGGUUCUUGCACUCAUCCUGCUUCUCUCGACGAUACAUCUGUCUGCGAAAAAGGGGGCUCUUCCCUGGAAGGGCAACAGUCUAGCCCAUUUCUUCCAUCCGUUGACGAGUGGUGGUCGACACGCCAUCGCCGAGGCACAAACUCCUAGGCAGAUGCAAAGCAUGGCCGAACGUUUUCCCGUUCGCGUCCAGAAGACAGAAAGCGGGUUUAGACUCGUGGAGCAUGGCAUUCCGAUAGAGAUGUUGCAUCCACCGAAUCCCUAUACACCGCAAACGCCCAGCUCCAGAGAAUCCCAGCAGAUGUUUGGUACGGUUUCUGACAUGAGGAAUAGGAAAGGGGUAAGUAGUCCCUAG